AUGUCAACAUUUGGCCCGGCAACGGACCUCGUCGUUGGGCCGGGUUUCAAGGAACAUUUCCUCGGCGACGGGGGGGGCAAUUCAGCGCUGGGAGGAGUGCUUCCAAGCGAUGUAGAAGGCCGAACAGUCCGAGAAAUUACAUUCACCUCUGAUGUUGUGGAAAUCGGAAAGUUUCUAGCGCAUGAUUACUUCCACGACGGAUCGCUGUAUCUGCUAGACAGCCCAGGCCACUGCGUGGGACAUUUAUGCGCAUUAGUCCGCACCACCAGCAGUCCCGACACAUAUGUGUUUCUAGGUGGCGACGCCGCCCACCACUGUGGCGAGUUCCGUCCGUCGGCGUACGUGCCCAUGCCCGAGGCCAUCACGCCAAACCCUGUGACUCUGCAAGACAGAAACAUUCCAUUCUGCCCUGGCGCGUGGUUUGAGGAUCUCCAGACGUCGCGGAGUCGGGACCCCAAGGAGCCUCUGUGGCAGCCGGCCUUUGGGCACAACAUGGAUGAUGUCCUCACCACAAUCGCGCACAUGCAGGAAUAUGAUGGCGACGAUAGCAUUUUUGUAAUCCUCGCGCAUGAUCCCGCGCUCAGAAGCCCCGGUGUGCCGUUCUUCCCAGAAUCCAUAAAUGACUGGAAGGAGAGGGGGUUGGGAAAGGAGCUGAGGUGGGCCUGGAUCGGAGACGUGAUGAGGGCUUCGAAAGGGUAG